AUGAAAUGCUUUGCGUCUGCCGUAUCAGACUCGAGAGGUUUCACACCGGCAGACAGUCACAUUUCUUAUAAUACAGAUUCGGGAGAGGAAUCACCUGCAAAUCAAAGCAAUGGGGGUUUUUCGACUGGGGAUAGCGAUUCAACGACUUCUCAAGUCGAAAACGAGCAUAUUAGAACCCCCAUUGACCCUGCAUCCGCAAGUCACUCCGAUGAGGACGAGGACGAAACUUCCGUAACCCUUGGGGAUUUAGAUCCAUCUAGCGAAGUGGCUUCAACAUCAAACACAACAUCUGAUGCUAACAUUGCCUCUUUUGACACACCAAUGGUUCCCGAUGUGGAAAUGGUUGACUUGGGCCGUGAAAACGUGAGCGCAACCACGCCAACCGAGGCAGCGACACAACACGCCGUGAUUAAAUAUGCAAACGACGUUGUGUUUUCGUUUAAUACACUAGCUCUUCCUGAAGCCCAAAGUGAUUUGAUGAGAUUGUUAACAUCGUCAUCCACUACUUCAGACAUCGCGCAGACGGCUGGAAGACUUGUUAUGCUGUUCUGUGGAAGAAACCAAAUUUUAACACGAAGAAGCACUAUUCGUUACCUGGAAUCAUGGUGGAUCGGUUCUAAUAGUGCACGAGAACAAUACAAUAGUGAUCUCGAUGAUGACAUUGUCAUGGCCCAUUUCUCCUUUGAAUCCUACUUUCGGCAGCAAGAUUGGGAACUCGUGCGAAAAUUGACGUGCAUAAUGGCUUCGUCCAACACGAUUGAGACAUUAGCACGAAUCAGUAGUAUUGCUCGCCCUGUAAUAAACUAUUACAGAGGAGAGCAUAUAUGCACCCGAAGUAACUUUCUCAACGUUACUCUCUAUUUCAGAGAUCUUUGUUGUGAGAAGUCGGCGAAAAGUGGUAUAUCAAAUCCUCAGCUUUAUCUAUGCCAAGAUUAUGCCAGCUUCGGAAGAGGUAAGCCGCAGUAUGAAUGGAGGAAAAGCACGCCGCAGAUCAGAAACGCCCUUGAUACCCUACAAUAUGCCGAAAGGUUGAUCAAAAUGUCCACUUGCCAGAGACGUAGACAAGUGAAGUCCUCUAUUAUGCAAAAUAUGUCGUUAGAUCUAGAGUUUGGGUCACAGACGCAGAACAUUGGAGCAUUUUUGGCCAAAAAGCCAAAUUCUUGGCCGGAUUCUUGCCCUAAAUAUUCUCUUGUCGUCUUUGAUCAGUCGAAUACCAAAGAUGGCCAGUUGAUGGCAUCAAAAAUCUCUGAAGCAGUUUUGAACCAAGCCUUUUUCCACGAAAAUGGGAGUAGUAUUUCACCAGUGGACGCCCGUGCGUUUACGUUCUGGACGAAAUUACUACGCGGAGAAUUACCUGUGGAUUCUGUUUGGCGAUGCUAA